AUGGACCAUAUGAGACGGUUCUCCGUUGCGCAACAGUCUGCAGUUACACAACAUAAACAGUCGUUCGCACCGGGCCGUCAGUACAGCAAUCGCGUCGUCAUCAACGUCGGCGGGGUCCGAUACGAGACUUACAAAUCUACUCUGAAAAACAUUCCCGACACCAGGCUGUCGUGGCUGACGGAAACGACGGCGCAUAACCCCGACUACGACCCGAUGAAUGGCGAGUACUUUUUUGACCGCCACCCGGGUGUCUUUAACAUGAUCAUCAACUACUACCGGACAGGUCGUCUGCACGUGCCCAGUGAUGUGUGCGGACCUCUUUUCGAAGAAGAGCUGGCAUUUUGGGGAAUUGACGAAAAACAGAUUGAACCCUGUUGUUGGAGCAAUUACAGAGCCCACAGGGAUGCGCAAGAAACUUUGGCGGAAUUCGACGGCGAAAAUGCCGGGGAGGACAACAGUGAUAAUGAAAUAGCAGACGAAACUAUUGCCCAAAGGUUUGGAAUUGUUGAAGAAGCAAACAGCAAGUCAGCUUCCAUGUGGGAAAGGUGGCAACCAAAACUAUGGAGUCUUUUGGAAGAUCCCAAAUCAUCGAAAGGGGCUCAGGCAGUGGCCAUCGUUUCUGUGGUUUUUGUACUGUUUUCUAUUGCAACAUUCUGCAUGGAAACGCACGUGCUCUUUCGCUACGUGAAGGUGCAGAACGUGACACUAAAGGGCAUCACCGUGCGUGAGACGCAGAGGCGAACUCAACCGAUGUUGUUCCUGGACGUCAUGGAAUACACGUGUAUCGGAUACUUUACUCUGGAGAUCGUGCUUCGCUUCAUAUGCUGCCCAGUGAAAGGCGCCCACGUCAAACAGGCCUUGAACUGGGUGGACUUCCUCUCUGUGAUUCCCUUCUAUACCAAACAGAUUGUCGUUGGGAUAGACCCUUCGCUCGAGGACUCUCCUGGCCUUUACUUUCUCAACUCUCUUCGACUCAUCCGAAUAUUUCGAAUUCUGAAGCUCACGCGGCACGUCAGUGGGUUGAAGAUUCUGGCUCACACCAUCAAGGCUAGCGCCAAGGAGUUGUUGUUGUUGAUUCUUGUUCUGUGUAUCGGUGUGCUUAUUUUCUCGUGUCUUAUUUACUACGCGGAACAGAUAGAAGAGGAUAUCAACAACGAUUUCACAAACAUACCCAGGGCUUUUUGGUGGGCGGUAGUGACAAUGACGACACUCGGUUACGGGGAUAUGUACCCGCGGACGGCUCUCGGCUAUAUAGUGGGCGCCAUCUGCGCCCUUUGUGGGCUGCUGAUGCUGGCACUUCCGGUUCCUGUGAUUGUGAAUAAUUUCACAUUGUACUACUCGCACGCUCAAGCCAGGAUGAAAUUGCCAAAGAAAACCAAGAACUGCCUUGUGGGCGCUGCCGACGCCUUGAAGCAGCAGAAUUCCAUUGAUAUGGCAAUGAGUGUGGAGGGGGGUUCCAGUAAUCCUGUCUCGUCCAGCGGGAGUUGUCGUUCGUUGAAAUCAAUUCAGUCUGCUGAAGGUAACCGAAAGGGCAGUGAUGACAGUGCGGCAGACAGUUGUGAUAGUGGAAUUAAAACAGAGCUAUCACAACUGUCUGUCGCACUGUCACGACUCCCAAAUCUGCACAUGACAGAGCUACCACAACUGUCUGUCGCACUGUCACCACUCCCAAACCUGCACAUGACAGAGCUACCACAACUGUCUGUCGCACUGUCACCACUCCCAAACCUGCUCAUGACAGAGCUACCACAACUGUCUGUCGCACUGUCAACACUCUCAAACCUGCACACGACACAGCUACCACAACUGUCUGUCGCACUGUCACCACUCCCAAACCUGCACACGACACAGCUACCACAACUGUAUCUCGCACUGUCAACACUCCCAAACCUGCACACGACACAGCUACCACAACUGUCUGUCGCACUGUCAACACUCCCAAACCCGCACACAAUACAGCUACCACAACUGUCUGUCGCACUGUCAACACUCCCAAACCCGCACACGACACAGCUACCACAACUGUCUGUCGCACUGUCAACACUCCCAAACCUGCACACGACACAGCUACCACAACUGUAUGUCGCACUGUCAACACUCCCAAACCUGCUCACGACAGAGCUACCACAACUGUAUGUCGCACCGUCACCACUCCCAAACCUGCACACGACACAGCUACCACAACUGUCUGUCGCACUGUCAACACUCCCAAACCUGCACACGACACAGCUACCACAACUGUCUGUCGCACUGUCAACACUCCCAAACCUGCACACGACACAGCUACCACAACUGUCUGUCGCUCUGUCACCACUCCCAAACCUGCACACGACACAGCUACCACAAGUGUAUGUCGCACUGUCAACACUCUCAAACCUGCACACGACACAGCACUCCCAAACCUGCACACGACACAGCUACCACAACUCUAGCAAUAAUGAAGAACACACUGGUAUUAGUGUGAUAUUCACAGACGAGAUAGCUAACUUGAGUCCGCCAGGCCAGAGUUCGAGCGCCGCGUUACCGUCCAAAAAGGUUUCUUCCAGGAGGCACAGUGUUCUACCCGGUGGUUGCGCCAACAAUGGCAUUAUCCGACGAGGUUCAGAGGCUGUGAAAAAGGGUGGCCAGUACAGACGGAGGUCUUUGUUCCCAACAAAUUUAGUAGAUGUUGAUGUAUAA